AUGCCGCCAGGUCUCCCCCGUGUGUCGGCAUCCACUGGCCAGCUGGAUGCAUACAGCGAUGACACUUCAGAGAUGGACUCCGACCCAGACUCUGAGGAAUGGCUGCCGAGUGAGCGGAGUGGAUCUUGUUAUCCGUCCCAGAGUGAUGGAGAACAACACCCAGUCUGCUUUCUGAAGAUCAUGAGUGCUGAAUGCAGCAGUUACUACAGUGCAGACGGGCUGUUGGUGGACGGAUUCUCGUGCCCCAAACUGGGAGACGCUGCUACAGCGAUCUACUGCUGCGGGUUUAAUGACGUGAAGUACUGCUGUGAUGAUCCCAACAGUUUCUUUCCCUAUGGAUACACGUGGUGGCUGAGAACCAACGCUCUGGUUGAUCGGUCCAUUUUAGCUGUGGUCCUCCUUGCUUGCAUCACCCUGUGUGUCCUCUGCUACCUCCUCAUUGCCACCAAACCCAGUCACCUUGACAACGGCCUACCACUCAGAGCACCAGGAACAGCCUGAAAGCAACCCAGGCAGCUCUCACCAGGAGGAACAAAUCCAACAACCUACUGAUCACAGGCCUGAAAAAGGUUUUC